GAAGGCGGAGACCGAGACGCACUUCGAACCUCCCGCCAGCAGAACGUUUGUCCCACCCACUGUCGCUACUGCCGGCGGCAACUGCAGAGGCUGGCUGACCCGACUCCGAACUACACUCCGACCCGGAUUCACUAUGCUUCUGAAUACUGAACAGAUAAACCUAAUUGGACAAGUAUUUGAGUCAUAUGUUCUGGAACACCACAAAAACGAUCUCUUGCAGAUUUUAAGAGAAAAAGAUGCUGCUGCUGGUCACUACCCAGUUAUUGUUGAUGCUCUGACACUUUUUGAGACCAACAUGGAAGUUGGUGACUAUUUUAAUGCAUUUCCCAAUGAAGUGCUCCCAGUUUUUGAUAAUGCGUUGCGCAGGGCAGCCAUGACCGUUUUUCAGUCCAUUUCUCAAACUCCUGACUUCAUUGUUAAACAGAACCUUCAUGCCAGAAUAUCAGGUUUGCCUGUUUGCCCAGAGCUAACCAGAGAACACAUCCCAAAGACCAGAGAUGUAGGACACUUCCUCUCAGUCACUGGCACUGUUAUUCGUACCAGCCUUGUAAAAGUCCUGGAGUUUGAACGGGAUUACAUGUGUAACAAAUGCAAGAAUGUGUUUGUGGUCAAGGCUGACUUUGAACAAUACUAUGCUUUCUGCCGUCCAUCAUCUUGCCCUAGUGAAGAAGGCUGCAACUCAUCUAAGUUUACUUGCCUUUCUGGAACUUCUCAUGCUCCCAACUGUUGCAGAGACUAUCAAGAAAUCAAGAUCCAGGAGCAGGUUCAAAGACUAUCUGUUGGAAGUAUUCCUCGUUAUAUGAUGGUUGUCCUUGAAGAUGACUUAGUUGACAGCUGCAAAUCUGGUGAUGAUGUAACAGUUUAUGGAGUAGUAAUGCAGAGGUGGAAACCUUUUCACCAAGAUGCACGCUGUGAUGUAGAGAUUGUCUUGAAGGCCAAUUACAUUCAAGUGAACAACGAGCAGGUGUCAGGUGUUUUAAUUGACGAGGAAGUCUGCAAGGAAUUUGAAGAGUUUUGGGAAAAACAUAGGAGUGAUCCUUUAGCAGGGAGGAAUGAACUUUUAGCAAGCUUGUGCCCUCAGAUUUUUGGAUUAUAUCUUGUGAAGCUGUCAGUAGCCAUGGUGCUCGCAGGGGGUGUGCAGAGAAUAGAUGCUGCAGGCACUCGGAUUAGAGGUGAAUCGCAUCUUUUAUUGGUUGGCGACCCUGGAACAGGGAAAUCUCAGUUUCUGAAAUAUGCAGUAAAGAUUACCCCACGAUCUGUACUUACAGCAGGAAUUGGAUCUACAAGUGCAGGUUUGACAGUGACUGCUGUGAAAGACUCUGGAGAAUGGAAUCUGGAGGCUGGAGCACUGGUGCUGGCCGAUGGAGGCCUUUGUUGUAUUGAUGAGUUUAACAGCAUCAAGGAACAUGACAGAACCAGCAUUCAUGAGGCAAUGGAACAACAAACCAUCAGUGUGGCCAAAGCUGGUUUAGUGUGCAAACUAAACACAAGAACCACUAUCUUGGCAGCAACCAAUCCAAAAGGGCAGUAUGACCCUAAUGAAUCUGUCUCUGUGAACGUUGCCCUUGGCAGUCCUCUCCUUAGCAGAUUUGACCUUGUCUUGGUAUUGCUGGAUACAAGAAAUGAAGAAUGGGAUCGCAUAAUCUCUUCGUUCAUAUUGGGAAAUAAAGGUUGCCCAAGUGUGUCUGAAAAGCUCUGGACUAUGGAUAAAAUGAAAACAUAUUUCUGCCUUAUCAAGAACCUACAGCCAGUAUUGACUGAUGAAAGCAACCUGAUCCUUGUCCGCUACUAUCAGAUGCAGAGGCAGAGUGAUUGCAGAAAUGCUGCCCGAACCACCAUCCGCUUAUUAGAGAGUUUGAUACGAUUAGCCGAAGCACAUGCUCGAUUGAUGUUUAGAGACACUGUGACUGUGGAAGAUGCGGUAACUGUGGUUUCAGUGAUGGAGUCUUCUAUGCAAGGGGGUGCACUUCUUGGAGGUAUCAAUGCACUGCACACUUCAUUUCCUGAAAAUCCACUGGAGCAGUAUCGUAUGCAGUGUAAACUGAUCUUGGAGAAGCUGGAACUGCAGGACAUUCUGCAUGAAGAAUUCAAAAGACUUGACAGAUUACAGAAUGAAAAUCCGUCUCAGUUUCUGCAGCCCAAAGACACACCUUUAAACAAUCAUACGCUUGGGAAAUCAGAGCAGAUGUCUCUUCCACAAUGUUUAGACAAAGAGGACAAAAAUAUUCAAUUGCAACCUCACUUAGUCAAAAUAAACUCUGACGCUGAUAUGCAUCCAGUAUUUUUGAGCAGCCAGCCAUCUGAUGAUGACAGAGUAACAGGACAAUGGAGCAUAUCCAGUGAGACCAACAAUGACAGCAGCUUGAACUGGUUUGACAGUAUGAUCGGCACCAGCACUGAAGCUGAGAAGAACAUUUUUGAGUCUCCAGUUGCAAGAAUGUCUCCAACUGCAAGAAUGUCUUUGAAAGUACCAAGCAACAAACCCGGUUCUAAAGAGAGAAAUCAUUUAAGAGAAGCCAAGCAAGCCAAAAUGGGAGAAACACCAGCAAGAGUAGCACUGGGAAAUGCUUGUAGACAGAUUGUUUCUAGUCUUGAGGGGGAAAACGCAACAAAGACUACAAACGUCCUUCCAGAAACCAAUGACAAAUGUCGAAAUGCAGCAGGUUGUACCUCACCUGAUUUAGUUAUUACUCAAAGAGCCUCUAAGAAAUGGCAGAGGGCAAACAUUGAAAGAGUUAGUGGAUUUUGUGCAAGGUCACCAGAUUCUAAAGCUGGGGGUGCUCCAGCUUCAUCUUCUCUUCAUCCAGAGGUUCUGCAGUGCCCUGGCAUAGACUCGAAUGCUUCCCCGUCCCACAGUGUGUCUUUAAGGCAACAGAAGUUGGCCACUUCAACCAGGAAGCGAAGUAGGGCCCAAACAAAUAAAGAAGGCUUGACAGGAAGUUCCAAUGAACCUGAACUGGAGUACACGGGACCUGCAGCUGCUAAACUAGCUCGGUUUUUCUUUGGGCAGAAGCCAAAGCUUGCUCGGUCUUCUGAAAAUGAGAAUCAUGCCAAAUUGCCUAAGACUCUUUGCAGCCCUCAUGCUUCUACCCCAAAUGUCUCAAAAGAAGAGAGGCCAAGGGAAGAAUGUCCUGAGAAAAACCAGGUGGAACGCAAUGCUAACGUAGGAAACAAGAGCAUGGAGAAACAACGCUGUGAUGACAAGAAAGAGGAGCAGCAGGAAAACAAAGCUUUUGUCUCUUCUUCCACUAAAAAGGCAGCGAUAAGAGAAGAGCUAUCCGGUGGUGUGCACGCAAAAAAAGUGUGCUCCAGUACAUUAACAAAAUUAGCCAGAUUUGCCUUCAGGCCGUCUGCUGAAUCAAAGCCAGAGUCUCCAGUUUCUUUGAAUGUCCCCAGUAAUGACAAGGACAGGCAGAGGGAGCCACUGAAGACCCAAACUCAUAGUGUGGGGCACUCGAGGAAGUGCUUUGAGCUGGGAAAAGCCAGCACUACAGGAAAAUCUUUGUUCUCAGUAGCUGAUCUUGAUGAUGCCAUGCUAGACUUUGAUUGGGAUGAAGAAAUCAAGAAAAAACCCAACUCUUAAAGAACUUCUGCUUCCUCCUCAUAAUGAUACUAUGAUAGCUUUAUAACUGGCUUUAUUUUUGGUUUGGGCAAAAUGCUGUAAAUGAAAUCUAAUUCAUCUUCCCUAAAAGAAUCUAACAAAUGGCCUUUUAACAAAGGCUGGGAUCCUGAGUUUACUUCUGCUGGUGGGAGUGUCCUCUGAGGAAACUUCCACUCAUGUGACAUUUAUGUCAGGAAGGAGGUAACUUUCAUCAAUAUUCCUCUUCCAUCUGCAGCCCUAACCCUCCCUGCCAAAAAAAAAAAAAAAACUUCUCCGGAGGGUUGGGAGAUCCUCCAGAGCAGCAUGAGAGACAGGGAAAGAGGCACUGGUGAGAAUGCCUCCUAUUUUAUCUUUCUGUUCUCUGCCAGCAGGAUUCUCCACUGGAUCUCAGUCCUAUCAGUGAAUGGAAGGAGCCUUUCCAUUCACAGAAACCUAGUUAGGAUUCCAGGCAAUUAUUACUUCUGAUGCUAUAAAUAAUGUAUUUCUGUAUCUUGGCUUUCUAAAAUGAACUUUUAGGCCAUUCAGACAGUUAUCCUUAAGCAGAAUAAAUCUACUGACGUUAGGAGACUACUGUGGAGGAUUGCUUUGAGGAGUAGAUGAGGCCAGAUGCUGUUGUACCUGUUUUUUUCCUCAAGAUGUCUGAUUCCACUGAUUGUUGAGUUGGCAUAUUUUGAAAUAUCACUUGAUAAACCUGAGGGAUGAAUAACCUCAGAUAGUGAAAUCAUUUUUUUCUAGUUUUCUCCUUCAAUCACUUUACUACACUGACGUUUGAUUCCAUUAGAUGUAAUUAUGCCCAUCUUCCUAAUAAAAUUACCUCCCCCAAAAUGACGUCUUUAAAAAAGGUUAUUAUAUAGAGUUACAUUUUUCUCUCCUCCAUCUUCCUUUUAAUGUUUGCUCCAUUGCUAUGCUUAGGCCAUAAACCACCUCAAAUUGUUUAUCCCAGAAUGGUUCCAUUGCAGAAUGUUGCUUUAGGUCUAUACCUUUCAUUAUCUUCCAACUGUUUUAAUUGGGUAAUAUUAUGUGGCAUUAGUAACUGUGCAACUUUUCAUGCAAAGACUGUGAGUUACGUUCAUCUAGUAAUGCAGAAGGACCCAAAGCUGUUCAGUUCAUGGCAUUUUACUGGGAAAUUUCAUUUUUUUGCUAUGGGUCCCUCAACAUAAAAUAUUUUUUCACUGUUGUCUUAUAUUUAUUUAUUUAUUUAAUUACAUUUCUAGACCGCCCUAUAGCAGAAAGCUCUCAGGGCGGUGUACAACAAAUAAAAUCACAAUUAAAAUAU